AAUUACCGACCUCCCAUAAGCUAGCACGAUAGAACCCACAUGCCCCUACAUUUUUAGCCUGCUGUGUGGAGCACUGAAGUGCAAGCUACCCAUGCAACUUGCAGGUUAAGCUUUGUGGAGUAAUUUGUGAGUUGCACGCUCACGCUGGUCAUGGCCAAGGCCCAGGUCGUCGCCCGGAUCACCGUCGAGGUCGCGCCGUCCAUCAUCAGGCGCCGCCGGCGCGGAAUCCCGUUGACGGUGCUGGACACGAUAGCCGAGGAGGAGAAGGAGGCGGCCGCAGUCGCUGCCAUGGCGCCUCACCACCGCAACAAUGCGACAGCCGGCCGCUACGGCGCCGGGGACACCACUGGCUCCUCGGCGCACGCCGGUGCCGAGAAGGGGAAGCGGUGCGUCGGCGGGAGCAACGGCCCCUCGGAGCACGGGGAGGAGCGGCUCGCGCCGGCCAAAGCGCGGUGCUCAAAGAUCGCCGCGUGAUUGAUUUCCGUCGGAGGGGAGCUGGACUUAAUUAGAGUCGGACUAGCUUGGUAUGGUGUAUGAAUAUGAUCGUGGUACGACUACGAGUCCUACGCAAUAUAUUGAUGUGCAACUCUCCUGUGUAUGGCUGGAGGGUGGAAAAAACCUAGCCUCCAGCUUUUUAUGCGUACGAGUAUGACGGAGUAUGGACAUGUAAUAAUCCUCUGUGUUCAUGAUACAGUUAAUACAAUGUAUUGCAGUUUUGAUGACCUCUA